GUAAACAAAUAAUAGGAUUUUCCUACCACAUAUUAUUCAAUUGAAUCUACUAUUGCUAAUACUGUCAUAUCUAGCAGCACUUUUGUAUUGAUACCAAAUAUUUUAUCAUAUUCCCUAUUGUUUUUGUCAUUAUCCAAAGUCAUAAAUAACUUUUGUUGCUAUUUUACAACCUUUAUUUUACCAAAGUACUAACCUACAACAGCAUGACAAUUAAACAAAUUUAUAUCGCCCGUCACGGAUUCCGUGCCAAUUGGGCACCACCACCACACCCACCCAACCCUACCGGGAUCGAUUCCGACCCACCGUUAGCUCCUCAUGGUGUCACUCAAUCACAACAACUAGCAGGGUACUUGUCUUCGUUACCAUUGGAAGAACGUCCGCAAUUCAUCCUCAGUUCUCCAUUUUACCGUUGUGUUGAAACAUGUGCUGCUAUUUCCAAGAUGCUUGAUUGCAAAGUUGCCAUUGAACGGGGGAUAAGUGAGUGGUUCCGGAAACAAAGGAAAACCAAGCCGAUCCCCGCCGAUUACAAGCAAUUGAAUCAUUUCUUCCCUGAUGUGUUGAUAGACGAAGAAGAGUGGCCCAGAGACCGUUCUGUUGGAGUCAUACCCAACACAGAGGGAGAGGAUUACGAUGAAGUAUACGACAGAUGUAAACAAUUUGUCAAGAAGUUUAUUCCUAUAUUUGAAGCAAAAUAUCCCCAGAUAGAAAAUGUGUUGAUUGUUAGUCAUGCUGCAUCAGCUAUUGCCGUAGGAUCAGCAUUAUUGGAGUUGAACUCUUUGGUUGAUUUUAUUGACGAAGACAAGAAUAUGAUCAGAGCCGGGGCAUGUUCGGUAUCCAAGUAUGUGCGAGUCACCAAUCCUGAUUCCGAAAAGAAGUGGGAGAUUGUCAUGAAUGGGAAUUGUGAAUUUUUAACCGACGGAGAAGAAAUGAAUUGGGACUUCCGUACAGGAGUCGAGGCUGGGUCAGCCGACGAUUUAAAAUUACGAGAGCAACAGAAAAGCCAGAGCCAAGAUGUGAAACAGCAAGAAACUACAGUCACGGAAAUGGCUAGUGGUUCUGAUGCGAUAAACAAUGACGAUUUUGAGGCACGUAAUAAAUUAUAGAUUAUAAAUAUUAUAUACAUCUUCAUGUAUGUACUAACAUAUUCUCUAGACAUUCUACGUUACGGUAG